GAGAGGGAGAACGCAAUGAUGGCAGAGCACCUUGAAGAAGCUUCAUGGGGCAACUUUUCUGAUGACAAUGAGCUUGGAGAGGAAAGCCCUGUCACCAGGGUCUUGGGCACUGUCCUCCUUCUCAUGUGUCUCUUUGGGACAACAGGGAAUAUCUAUACGCUGGUGGUGGCAUUUGGUGGCAUGUCGGUUCGCUCGACUGGCUCUUUGUAUGUCUACGUGAUCAAUCUAGCCUUGGCUGACUUGCUCUACCUCUCCACCAUCCCCUUUGUGGUGUGCACAUAUUUUGCCCAGGACUGGUUCUUCGGGGAUGUGGGCUGCAGGCUUUUGCUCAGCUUGGACUUACUGACAAUGCACGCUAGCAUCUUCAUUUUGACUGCCAUGAGCUUGGAGCGUUAUUGGGCAGUGACCAGACCACUGAGGGCCAGAUGGGCUGGAAAUAGCUCCCGCAAACUUGCCAGCAUUGCAGUGUGGCUCCUCUCGUUGGUGCUUACGGUGCCCAUGAUGGUCAUGAUCCAGCUGCAGGAAGGCAGCAGCCACAAACUCAUCUGCUUUCCCACAUGGACGCCUGGUGCAUUCCGAGUGUACCUCACGGUUUUAUUUGGCACAAGUAUCCUCUGUCCUGGUUUGGUCCUGGGCAUUGUGUACUCCCGUCUUGCUCAGGCCUAUUGGACUUCCAUGAAAGCCAUGCAGUCCCCUGUGGUGGGCAGGGUCUUGAAACAGAAGCUGUUCUCCAGGAUCUUCAGCAUCAUCAUAACUUACUGGGCCUGUUUUGUACCCUUCUGGGCUUGGCAACUCACCAAGUUGUACUGGUCAAAAGAUCUGGAGAUUGGGCUGACCGCCCAGGCUUACCUCAACUUUAGUGUUACCUGCUUAACCUAUGGCAACAGCUGCAUCAACCCAUUCCUUUAUACCUUGCUUACCAGGAAUUACCGUGAGUACAUGGCAGCUCAGGGUCCAGAGAGACAGGGGAGGAGGCAUGCUUUCUUCAGGAAGAGAAUAUAUGAAACGCCCCAAGCAGAAUCCAUAUCUGUGGCACAGGGAAGAGUUAUUGGAUAA